CAGGUAUUUCUAUCUCUCCGUCUGUCUCUCUAUCUUUCUAUCACUAUAAAACCUUUUCUUCUUCUCUGUUUGGGAGGUUUUCGUGGUUCUCCACCUUAGCUUUCUCUCUCCUCCCUCGUCACCCUCACCCUCACCCUCACCCUCACCCCCUCAUAUUUCUCUGCACCUCACUAUUUUUUCUCAAUCUCACUGUCUCUCCCCACGAUUAUGGGCUGUCUUUUUCUCCUAAUCUAAGCAACCUUGAACAAGAAAGAACAGGGGGAAAAGGUGUCAUUUUAGUCUGGAAUUAACAAUUUGAUGGAAGGGGACGAUGGAUCUUGAUGUGUGCCGGCACAGGUACAGAUCAUUUCUUCCUGACCCUCCUCAUUAAUGGGGAGAAGGUUCAUAAUCUGUUGGCUUCGUAUUUAAUGGACUUAAUCUGCUCGAAGAAAGCCAACAAAGAGAUAGAGGCACCUUCCUUUGAUUGAAUGACCUUCCAUAGAACCCAAUUCCAUAAAUUCGUCUCUUCCUCUCUCGUUCUGGUGUUGUUGGUUUCCCUCUGAAGGUUAAAAGGUGCUUUUCUUUUUGGCUUGGAAGGCACCACCACAACCAUGGCGGCCAAGAUGAAAGGUCUCUAUAAAGGGUUCAAAUGCAUCUCCCAGAUCUUCGUUGUCAAGGAGCAGCGGGAGAUGGAGAUUGGGUACCCAACAGAUGUUAAGCAUGUAGCCCAUAUCGGAUGGGACAACCAAUCUGCAAAUGCACCCACUUGGAUGAACGAAUUCAAGUGUUCUUCAGAUUUCUCUGCUAUGUCGCUUGGUAGCAUUGGAGGAGAAACAGAUCCCAGCUACGUUCCUAUUUCCUCCUGGAGCUCUCAAGAUUUUGAUCAGUCAAUGGUGCGGCAACCAUCUUCCGAAAUGUUCAAUGAUGCGGCGCCAAAAGAUCUUCCAAAGGCACCAAAGAAACACAAAAGGAAGAAGACGAAGUCGGCUUCAUCUCCUAGGUCGACUUCCUCAUCAAGGAGUUCCAGAGUAUCCAAGCCUUCUUUUGGAACCACAGUAGCUCAAGUGGAGAUUGCUCCCAGUCACCAAGGGUUAUUACACUAAUCAAAUAAAGAUGACAAAGAUGAAAUCUAUAUACUUUCAGUUUCAGACAUUUUGAACAGAAGAAGAACAGAAAAGAUGAUAACAAAUUCAAAGAUUGCAAAGGGUUUUGUGAAUUCCUUUUUGCUUUUUUCAGGGAUGUUCACUCAGACAAAAUGAUAUAUGCAACAAGAAGGGUGGAUGAAUUUCCUUGUGUAAAUGAACAAAAAGCUUCCCCUUUUCUU